AUGAUCCGCUCAUUGAUCCGCCGCCAUGGGGUUCGUCAUGCGACGUCCAGUUCCCGACUGGAGACUCUGCGCGCUAACCUGGCAGAUGAGGGCAAUGACCUGCACAGCCACCGCUUCGAGCAAGAGAGCUAUUACUCGUCCCUGCGCAAGCCAGUGCUGGAAGCGACCACCAUCAAUCCUGAAGCAUACACGUCGAUAGCAUUUUACGAGCGUGAGCAAGAGCUUUUGUUUGCCAAGAGUUGGCAAGUGGUUGGAUAUACUGAGAAACUUCGGCAACCCGGGGACACCAUUGUGAGUACAGCGGCCGGACAACCCAUCCUUGUGACUCGUGCAAAGGACAAUGUCAUUCGAGGGUUCUACAACGUAUGCCGUCAUCGCGGAGCGCAAUUGGUGUCGAAGAAUGGACGGUUUUCAGUCAUUAGUUGUCCAUACCAUCGAUGGGGGUAUGCGUUGGACGGUCGUCUGAUCGCGACCCCGAUGUUCAAAGGAGACGGUGUAUCGGAAGGAGCGCUUUCCACAGACUUCGUGAAGAACUUCAACACAAAGGACUACGGAUUGCUUCCUGUCCGCGUCGACACAUUCGGUCCGUUCAUUUACGCAAACGUGAGCGGUGACGCCCCGCCCCUGGCCACGUACUUGGGCGACGUGACACAUUCGUUGCACGACUACCCGUUUGAUGAGCUCGUGUCGUUCAAGAGCACGACCGUGUCUGUGAAAUGCAACUGGAAACUGCUGGCCGAGAACUUUAUGGAGUACUAUCAUCUCCCUGCAGUCCAUCCGCAGCUGUGCAAUGUGUCUGGCGUUGACGACCACCAUCGCGCGCAGGGCACAGGGAGCUACAUUGGGUUUGCCACGUCACCACUCACCAACGGCGGCACUCCGUUGGACAUCAACUUGCUGCCGCCGAUGCCUGGGCUCACGGGGGCGAACACGGUCACGGCGUGGUUCCACCAUUACUUUCCCAAUGCGUUUUACUUUUUGCUCCCGCACGGGUUGUUUACUGUCAUAUUGGAAACUACGGGUAACACGUUAUGUAUAUAUAUAUCGAAGAAGGUUGCAUCGUUCGACGGGGGGUGUACGUCCAUAUUGUAUAGGACCGACCACGACGGUGGAGCACGCCGAGUUGUUUGUGCACCCAAGUGUGUACGACGUGCCAGAUCACAAGGACAAACUCGACAAGAUGUGGGCAUUCUACGACCAAACCAACAACGAAGACUUUGCCGUGUGUGAACGGGUGCAAGUAGGCGUGACGGUGCGGGCGUACCAAGGAGGCCGCAUGACAUUUCGGUUCGAAGAGACGAUCCAUCGCUUUCAAAACAUGGUCGCCGACUACAUGACGUCUCACCCGACCAUUCCCAAGAGCGACACGUCGCCCCCGUACACAUUUGAGCAAAAGUCCCAGCAGUAAUACUACUAGUAGUACUAGUAGUACUACUACUUGGUAAUGAUACAGGUUUUCAACAGGUUCUGUAUGUAAAUGGCGUGUGCGAACGUGUGCCUCCGACGACGGGAGAUGGGAGCCAUGGCAUCAUUCAAAGAAGGGAAACCAUCGCUCCAUUCGCCAUCGUUCACGGUGAAAGUCGGUGGGAGUUCCGUGUGGUUAUUCUGACAAUGCAACCGCAGGAAGAAGGUGAUCGUUCCGAAAGGGCAAGCAUGGUGUUCCCAUGGCAAAUGAACUCUACCCUUAUGAGGAUACGUUGGCGGACUCGACAACGAGAUGCAUAUGAGAGAGACCUGCGACACUGUACACCCCAGACCAAGUAGACCAUUUGAUAAGACACUUAAAAAUCAGUUAAAUAAGCUAAAGACCGCGAACUGGCCAGUCGAUUUACUAUGCCCCAACGUCCAUGUCGUCGUCGUUGGAGGUGUGGUUAUUGUCCAUGUUGGCCACAAAGCAACAUGCUAGAUUCGUGUACACGUAGUGCUGCAUGACUUCAAUAGCCAAGGGACUCAGGGUAGUCACGUCGAAGUUGGAGUCGACGCUGCGCUCGAGCACGUCGAGCCAUUGGGGUUCGUAGGCAGACACGAUGUAGAUCAUUUCUUCCAACGCGUCCGUCGGAAGUUGGUUCACUUGGUGGACGAGGAACUCGAGCUCGGUUUCUGAUGGGGAUGCCGUACAUGCGUCGCAGACGACAGGCAAUGGGAUGCAUGAGAUGCACGACUCGACUUGCAUGGAGGUCAUGGUAAUGGGGUGAUGGAGAGCGGACAGAUUGUCGAAUGGCCAAUCCAAUUCCGUCGUUGUGGCAGCAUUUCCCUGCCGGUGAUCGACUCGUUGACUCGCACGUUCUCUCCACGGAUGCGCUGCUGGUCCCAUGUCAUUGCGAAU